AUGCUGAUUGAUCCUUUACUGUUCUUCGUGUUUGAGGAUCGCUUCUCAUACGACUUUACUGCUCCUGAUACAUUCGUUACGGUCGGAACUCCAGUCUCAACCCCAGUCGUAAGCAUUAAGAGCCCCGACGGUGACGUGAUCGACUGCAUAGAUAUCUACAAUCAACCGGCGUUUAGUCUGGCUUGCAACGGGUCUUUCGCCAAUGGAGAUGUGAACACUGUCGAAGCGGGUUGGCAAAGAGAUGCGUAUAACAACACGGGAUGUUAUAGCACACACUGUGGGGGAUUUGUUCAGACCAGCAGCACAAUCGCCCUUGAAGCUGCCAUCAUUCGCACCUCUACAUUUGGAGGCCCUCAAUUUGCCAUCACGAUUCAGAUCUGGAAGGAUCAAUCUUCUGGGAACUGGUGGUUAGGACUUGGCCUCAACAUGGAGCUAGUUGGAUACUGGCCAGGUGCAAUCUUUACAGGCCUAGCUGACCACACAGACACGGUCGAAUGGGGAGGCAAAAUUCUGUCCCAAAACAGUGCCGGCGCAAACACCAUUGUUCAAAUGGGAUCGGGCGAAUUCACUUAA